ACUAAAGUAAGAAAAAAAUAGGUUUUUAUAUACUAUCGACAACGCUCUACAACAUAGUCAUCUUGAUUUUGCUUGAUUUUGUGAUCAUACUUCGCCAAAAAAAUCUACCGUUACGUGGACUGGCCGAGACAUAAAUUUAAAUGGAAAGAAGAACAAAGAAAAGCAUUUAACAAUCUCAAACAAAUAUUAACGUCUCAACCACUAUUUCUUAACUUCCCUGUUGAUAACAAACCAUUAAUCCUGACAACGGACGCAAGUGCCACUGGGAUAGGCGGAGUAUUACAACAAGAAGUAAACGGUCAACUACAUAAUUUAUACUAUCAUUCCCAACUCAUGACACCAUGUGAAAAACGUUAUAGUACCAUAGAACAGGAGGCACUUGCCAUCUACAAAUGCUUCGCGAGAAUGCGUCCUUUUAUACUCGGUAGAAGUAUUAUCGUCAUGACCGAUCAUUGCCCGCUAUGCAACAUCAUGAAUAAAACAGUUAGAAACGUAAGAGUUGACCGAAUUGCCAAUUUAAUCCAAGAAUACAAUAUCGAUCAGGUUAUUCAUAUAAAAGGCAGAGAAAAUUACCUUCCAGAUUAUUUAUCGAGACAUCCAAGAGAACAAGAUGAUGAAUUAAAUGAUAUUGAUUAUGGCAUUGCCAGUAAGGAGACUGCUUCUUUCCAGCUGCCAGUGGCAGUAAGCGCAGAAGACCAAUCUCCUUCUCAUCCAAAUUUAUUAUCGGCAAUGACACUAAGACCACGAAAAAAUCAAAAUCAAAAUCAAAAUGUUAGAGCAACAACGACGACAGAUAACAAUUCACCUGAUCACUACGACUCUGACGCUGAAAACGAUAAAUUCUCGAAUACACAAAUACCAUCGAAUUUCACUUCAAAUCAUUUUGACGUUAUGAAAUUACGAGACGAACAAGACAAAGAUAUCAAUAUUCAAAAUAUAAUCGUAAAUCUUAAUAACAUAUGUUAUAAGAGACAGCAUUCUGUAUAA